GGGCAUUCUGUCGACUAGGGUCGCGCCCGGGAACCCCGGGAAGCGGCGGCGGCGGCGCAGCCAUGGGCAGUCACGCGUGGCCAUCGGGGCUCCGUGCUGGGGGCGGCCGGGGCACCUGGGGUCCCUGCACGAACUCCCGCGUACUGCGGCCGCCCUUCCCGCCUCUCUGCUUCCUUUUUAUGCUGUUGCUGGCGGCGCCCGGCGCCCGGGCGGCGGGUUACAAGACAUGCCCCCGUGUGAUGCCAGACAUGCUCAACGUACACCUAAUAGCUCAUACUCAUGAUGAUGUGGGCUGGCUCAAGACUGUGGACCAAUACUUUUACGGCAUCAGAAAUGACAUCCAGCAUGCGGGUGUGCAGUACAUCCUGGACUCGGUCAUCUCCGAGCUACUGGCAGAUCCCUCGCGUCGCUUCGUCUACGUGGAGAUGGCCUUCUUUGCGCGCUGGUGGCACCAGCAGACCAAUGCAACUCAGCAAGUCGUCCGGGAGCUGGUGCGCCAGGGGCGCCUCGAGUUUGCCAAUGGUGGCUGGGUGAUGAACGAUGAGGCAGCCACCUUCUAUGGUGCCAUCAUUGACCAGAUGACCCUGGGCCUCAGCUUCCUGGAGGACACUUUUGGCGAGGAUGGGCGCCCCCUAGUGGCCUGGCACAUCGACCCCUUUGGUCACUCCAGGGAGCAGGCUUCACUGUUUGCUCAGAUGGGCUUUGAUGGUUUCUUCCUGGGGCGCAUCGACUAUCAAGAUAAAGCGGCACGGAAGGCGACUCGGGAGAUGGAGCAGGUGUGGCGGGGUAGUGACAGUCUCCAGCCCCCCACGGCCGACCUCUUCACUGGUGUGCUCCCCAACAUGUACAACCCGCCGGACGGCAUGUGCUGGGACACUGUUUGCUCCGACAGCCCCCUGGUGGAGGACGAGGACAGCCCCGAGUUCAACGCACAGAAGAUGGUCACGUACUUCCUGAAGCUGGCCGCUGUCCAGGGCCAGCACUACCGGACCAAGCACAUCGUGAUGACCAUGGGUUCUGACUUCCAGUACGAGAAUGCCAACAUGUGGUACAAGAACCUGGACAAGCUCAUCCACCUGGUCAAUGCCCAGCAGCAGGCCAAUGGGAGCCGAGUGAACGUUCUCUACUCCACACCCGCCUGUUACCUCUGGGAGCUGAACAAGGCCAACGUCACCUGGUCAGUGAAAAGGGAUGACUUCUUCCCCUACGCCGAUGGCCCGCACAAGUUCUGGACGGGGUACUUCACCAGCCGGCCCGCCCUCAAGCGCUAUGAGCGUCUCAGCUACAAGUUUCAGCAGGUGUGUAACCAGCUGGAGGCGAUGGCGGGUCAUCGCGCCAACAAGGGACCCUAUGGAUCUGGAAACAGCGACACGCUCAAUGAGGCGAUGGCCGUGCUCCAGCACCACGAUGCUGUCACUGGCACCUCGAAGCAGCACGUGGCUGAUGACUACGCCCGCCAGCUGGCCAAGGGCUGGAGCAACUGUGAGGUUCUCAUAGGCAACGCACUGGCUCAGCUCGGUGGCGCCAAGAAGAACUUCAGCUUCUGCCGUUACCUCAAUAUCAGCCGGUGCCCCAUCUCCCUGAGAGAGAAGACCUUCCAGGUGACCCUCUACAACCCCCUGGGGCGCAGAGUGAAUUGGAACGUCCGACUGCCGUUCAGCAGUAAAGCUGCCCUUGUGAGGGACCCUGAGGACAAAACGGUGCCCAGUGAAGUGGUGUUGAACCUCGACUUGGACCAGCAGGAGCUGCUGUUCUCGGCCUCUGUCCCUGCUCUGGGCUUCAGCGUGUACACAAUCCAAGCAGCUAACGCGCACACCCAGACCCCCGCCCCCCACGUCACGGCCCACAAGCUGUGGCUGUCCAGUAUGACCAUCGAAAAUGAAUACAUCCGGGCUAGGUUUGACCAUGAGUCGGGGCUCCUAGUGGCCAUAGAGAACCUGGAGAAGAAUCUGGAGCUGCCAGUUCAGCAAGCCUUCUACUGGUACAAUGCCAGCACUGGAAACAACAUCAGCCAGCAGGUCUCGGGUGCCUACAUCUUCAGACCCAAUAGUCAGAAGCCCUAUUUCGUGAGCCACUGGGCUCAAACCCGCCUGCUAAAGACGACCUUGGUGCAGGAAGUACACCAGAACUUCUCCUCCUGGUGUUCCCAAGUAGUCCGCCUGUACCCAGGAGAGCGGUACCUGGAGUUCGAGUGGACAGUGGGACCCAUCCCAGUCGGAGAUGGCUGGGGGAAAGAAGUCAUCAGCCGAUUCAACACGCCUCUAAAGACGGGAGGGAAGUUCUACACCGACAGCAAUGGCCGGGAGAUCCUGCUGAGGAGGCGGGAUCACCGGGACACCUGGACACUGAACCAGACUGAGCCCGUGGCAGGAAACUACUAUCCAGUCAGCAGCCGCAUUUACAUCAAGGAUGAGAACACGCAGCUGACCAUUCUGACUGACCGCUCCCAGGGCGGCAGCAGCCUGAUGGAUGGCUCCGUGGAACUCAUGGUGCACCGUAGGCUGCUGCAGGACGAUGCGCGCGGAGUCGGGGAGGCCCUGCAGGAUAGUUCGGGGCAGCUUGUGCGCGGGCGCCACAUGUUGUUGCUGGACACUGUCAAGGCCGCGGCCGCCGGCCACCGCUUGCUGGCUGAGAAGGAGGUUUUGUCCCCGCAACUGGUGCUGUCCACGGGUCCCAGCGCCGCUUACAGCAGCACUGCCCCGCGCAAGCAGUUCUCAGGGCUGCGCCGGGAGCUGCCGCCCUCCGUGCAUCUGCUGACUCUGGCCCGCCGUGGCCCCAACGUGCUGUUGCUGCGCUUCGAACACCAGUUCGCUGUAGGGGAGGACUCAGGCCGCAACUUCAGCUCACCCGUGACCUUGGACUUGAGGGACCUGUUCACCACUUUCAGCAUCACCCAGCUGCAAGAGACCACGCUGGCUGCCAACCAGCUCCUGUCCAAGGCCUCCCGGCUGCAGUGGACAGUGCUAAAAGACGAUCACCCCAAGCCCCGGCCUGCUGGUGCCCAGCUGGACCCCGCCGCCGUGGAGCUGAGACCUAUGGAGAUCCGCACCUUCCUGGCCUCGGUUCAGUGGAACGUGAAGGAGUAGAUCUUUCAGGGUCUGCUGCGGGCCAGGGUGUCCCAUAUUUCAAUGCCGGGCCCCACAGGGUGCCCCAUGUUUCAAUGCUGGGCCCCUCGCACAGGUGUCGGGUGAUGCUCCAACCCCACCCCCAUCUACGGGUGCAGCUGCUGCCGGCUACGGCAGCCAAUAAAAUGCCACUACCCAGAA